AUGUUUGCUCUGUUUGUUCUGGGGAUGGUUUUUCUGUUCUGCCCAUAUUGGGAUAUUGGAACAAUGUGUUAUAAAUGUGGGAAAUAUCAUCUUGGGCUAUGCUAUGAUGUCAUGAGUUCCUGCACACUGAAGCAUAGCCAGUCCUGUGCUGCUGAGAACAUUUACAUACUCACAAGGAAAGGGCAGAGUAUGUAUCAUUAUUCAAGACUGUCAUGUAUGACCAACUGUGAGGACAUCAACUUCCUGAGUUUUGAAAAGAGAACAGAGCUCAUCUGUUGCAAACAUAGUAGCUAUUGCAACCUCCCAAUGGGACUCUAG